AAUCACAGGGCUGUAUCUUGAGGGGGCGGGCUAUUAGAGCUGAGGUAUAAGCCCGAGGCCCCUCCAUGUGCUGCGGUCUGCGCUAACUCUGUUCCUGGUAUCCACACUAUAAGCAUGGCUGAGAAUGACGUUGAUAACGAGCUGUUGGACUAUGAGGAGGAUGAAGAGCCGCAGGCAGCCCCAGAGAGUGCCACCCCAGCAGGAAAGAAGGAGGUGAAGGGUUCUUACGUGUCCAUCCACAGCUCUGGCUUCAGAGACUUCCUGCUCAAACCUGAGCUCCUGAGGGCCAUUGUAGACUGUGGUUUUGAGCAUCCAUCAGAAGUCCAGCAUGAGUGCAUUCCACAAGCCAUCCUGGGCAUGGACAUCUUGUGCCAGGCCAAGUCCGGUAUGGGGAAGACGGCAGUCUUUGUGCUGGCCACCCUGCAGCAGAUAGAGCCUGUGGAUGGACAGGUGUCUGUAUUGGUGAUGUGUCACACACGUGAGCUGGCCUUCCAGAUCAGCAAAGAAUACGAGCGCUUCUCCAAGUACAUGCCCACUGUCAAGGCUGCCGUGUUUUUUGGGGGUCUUUCAAUCAAGAAGGAUGAGGAGGUGCUUAAGAAGAACUGUCCGCACAUUGUGGUGGGCACACCUGGCCGAAUCCUCGCUCUCAUCCGCAGCAAGACACUCAGCCUUAAAAACGUCAAGCACUUUGUUCUCGAUGAGUGUGACAAGAUGCUGGAGCAGCUCGAUAUGAGACGUGACGUACAGGAUAUUUUCAGGCUCACUCCUCAUGAGAAGCAGUGCAUGAUGUUCAGCGCCACCCUCAGCAAAGAGAUCCGGCCAGUCUGUCGCAAGUUUAUGCAGGACCCAAUGGAGGUGUUUGUGGAUGAUGAAACAAAGCUGACCCUACACGGACUGCAGCAGUACUACUGCAAACUAAAAGACAGUGAAAAGAACCGUAAACUCUUCGAUCUGCUUGAUGUCCUUGAGUUUAACCAGGUGGUGAUCUUCGUGAAGUCUGUGCAGCGCUGUGUGGCUCUGUCUCAGCUGCUGGUGGAGCAGAAUUUCCCUGCUAUUGCCAUUCACAGAGGCAUGGCUCAGGAGGAGAGGCUUUCCCGCUACCAGCAGUUUAAAGACUUCCAGAGAAGGAUCCUGGUCGCUACAAAUCUAUUCGGCAGAGGAAUGGACAUUGAAAGGGUCAACAUAGUCUUCAACUACGACAUGCCUGAAGACUCAGACACCUACCUGCACAGGGUUGCCCGCGCUGGUCGUUUUGGCACAAAGGGUCUGGCUGUAACUUUUGUGUCUGAUGAGACGGAUGCCAAAACUCUGAACGAUGUGCAGGACCGCUUUGAGGUCAACGUGGCUGAGCUACCAGAAGAGAUUGACAUCUCCACUUACAUUGAACAGUCGAGAUGAGCCCUCAAGUCAUUCAGAAGGACCGCCAGUGGAGGAACGUGUUUUAUUUUUGUUCAAGCUAAUGGGGGACUCUUCCUCCUCCAGUCUGUGCUGUCAAUUUUAAAGCUCUGCACCUCAACAGUUUUAACAUUAUUCUUAUGGGAAGGAAAAGAGGGUGUGGGUGGGGUAUGUCUGAAAUUAUGACUCCUUUUUUGUUUUGUCCCCAGCUCCUCCUUUUUUCUUUUUUUUUUUUUUUUUUUUUAAUGAAAUUAAAGCCUUUUAUACAGUUACUGCUUUAUCGUGUUUUGACUGCAUGUUUUAGUUUAAGUCUGGUUAGGGUUUUACAAUGUGAAUUACUGAAUCAAAUAAUGAGCGAACUGAGUGAUCUAGAUGGUGGAAGUUUAAACCGUGCUUGGACCCCUAAGAGAUGCUUGGGGGAAUUGAAUUAUUUGAUGUAAACACUAGAAAAGAACACCAUGCUCUCCUUAGUUUUAAAACAGGCCCUCCUUCUCAAUCUUUAGUCUAAUCAGAUAAUUGAUUGAACAUUUCAUGUUGACUGGGAUCAGUGAUUUUUAAUAGCGGCGAAACUAGUCCUGGUUAAUGUGGCUUUGCAGGUAAAGGUGAUUGUGUCCUUCCGUCCCAGAAUCCUCUCUGGGUUCAGUUUCCUAAAAGGGAAGGUUGUGUGCAGUCGGCUGAUCUGUAGAGUGGAAGUUUGGUGUUUUGAGAGCUUAUUCCUGUACAGUAAAUGGGGGUUUGUUCAAUAAUGUUUGUUUAGUAUAGAGUAAGGUUUUUCAUUUUUGUACAUUUUUAAACCCUUUUCCCAGCUGCAUCAGUAAAAGCUGUGUUGUGUAAAGUGACAAUUUCACAAUGAAGAAAGCACAUUAAACCGUCUUUAUUCAUUAAAAAUAGUUUUCAUACUUUUGAGCUCUGUGAUGGUCUGUUCAGUGCUGUGUGUACAGUGUGAAGCAUCCUUAUUAAGGACUUUCCAUAUCCAAGCCUGGGCAGUUGUGUAAAAAGCUGUCACCAUUGGAAAAAUGAUUAUUGAUUUAAUGGAGAAUUCCACAGAUAUUUAAGUUUCUGCACAAUUCAAAAAGUAGGUUCAAUGUUAAAUGCCUGCCAAGAAAAAAAAUGAUUUCAGAUUUACAAUGCUGAUAAAUUAGAUAACACAUCUCCAUUACUACUAUACAAAUAGCCAUUCUAUUUAUCAAAAACAGUCAGCCAACAUGUGUUGAGGUUUUAUUCAAUGAUUGAAAGCUAGUUGCAAAUUGUAAAAGUGAAGUUUCUUUUGGGACUAUAAAGCUUCUCCCUCUGUUUCUGUAAUCUUUUCUAUUUAACAGCAACAGCUGACUGUACUUUUUACUGAUCAUCAAACUAUUUUCCUGAUCAAUGAAGUGCUGAAAUCUAGUUUAAGUGGCCAAUGUGCCCAGAUCUGGACACAUCUGCACAAAGAACUUUAAAUGUAGCUUUAAUCUGAGACAUUCUGUAUUUUGUACAGCAGGUGGGUUCCCACACUUUUGCAACUUGCAAACCGCUUAACUGAGACCCACCAAAAAGAAAAUCUAAAUAUAAACAUCUAUAAUCAGUGUAGCCAAUCAAAUUGGUAACUUAACAUUGUAACUGUGUGUGUGUAUGUAUACAUGCACAUACACUAUAUCUAAAGGAUACCAAAUUAUUGAUAGUUUUUGGAUUAUUAAAAUAAAUGAAUAAGUAACUUGAGGUGUAAGGGGUUAACCACUUUUUCUGUAAACAUUUUCUUUAGAUUUGCUUAUUAAAUAACUAACUGUGUUAAUCAUCCAGUUAGCAUUGUCAGUCAUGUAACUCUACUAUACCCAUGUAGAGCCUGACGUAAAAUAUUGCUUUAACAGCUUCUUCAAAUCCAUUAUUGUUUUUUACACAAUACAAAGUUUUCUAGUACCAAAACAAUCAAAAAAAGAAUAACUUUAUCAAAAUGUCAUCUUGAAAUGCUAGAACAUUCAGUAUGAUUAGGACAGUAAAAGCUCACACAUCCACAUUCUCAGCUAUAUAUAUAAAUACAAAUAUCUGUACUGUUGCACCCUCUGUUCUGUACUGCAUUUAUUUUUCAACAAGCAAAUAAAAUUGGCCAUAGCUUUUA